UAUAGACCUGUUUAUCGCCGAAUAGUAUACGUAUUUAAAACACUGUUAAUUUAAAACUGAAGAAUGGGUCGCGUUUUGCUGGCAAUUCUUUCCACGAUCCUUUUACUGCAUGCUGUCAAUGGCCAGACCGAGGAACCGAUUACAGAUCCCAUUAAAGCGGAAUUGGGAGGCGUGGUUGUUAUACCAUGUAACUUGAUACUCGCAGAGAACGAAACUCUAUUUACUGUACUGUGGAAGCACAACGAAGAUGAUAUUGCAACUGUGGGCGCGACAGGAGAGGUGUACCCACACGGUCAAUACGGGGAACGGUCUGUAGUGGAUGGAACUACGUAUGAACUGACUUUGGAAGCACUUUUAUUGGACGACUCUGGUACUUACGUCUGCAGUGGGUUUGGAAAUAAAGGGUCGAAGAGUCAAACAUACCAAGUCGACGUAUUGUCGUCUCCACAAGUCAACACACGAGUGAAUCCAUACUUGGAUGAUGGACUCGGUUCAGGAACUGCAACUCUUGCUGUCUGUACUGCAACUGGUGCCAGUGAACCUUUUACUAUGAACUGGUUAACGGACAUGGGCGACGUUGUAGUGCCGGAUUCAUUCCGAGCAGAUACUGCAAACGAACAGUAUUACUCAUUGAUUGACAGUACUUUGUAUCUUGACAUUCGUCCAAAUGCCGAAAGAGACAAUGGCAGAAAGUUUACUUGUUCCGUACAAGACGCAUUCGGAAAGACGAUUGAAUCUGAAGCUGUUUUAGUCGUAACAGCGCCGACAACCACUGCCGAAACUACAACGAUGCAAGCAUCUCCUGCCAUUACAUCAUUCCCAACAAACGACGGCGAUGAGAUAAUCAUGCUGAUGGGAGAACAACGAACGUUUGAAUGUGCGGCUACCGGCGUACCCACACCUGCAGUCACUUGGUACAAAGGCGAUAGCAAGGUUCCCUUUCUAUCGGGUUCUGGAAAUGCAAUCAUGACCAUUGAUGCAACGUAUGAAGAUUCCGACUCUUACAUUUGCAAAGCUGAAAAUCAAGAAGGCCAGAUUGAAAAUAUACUUCAACUUGUAGUACAAGGUCAGCCUGUUAUUCCACCAUCUGGAAAGAUUGGUAACGAAACCGAAAAAAUUGAAAUUGUAAACGAGGAAGUGGUCACAUUGACCUGCAAAGCAAGCGCCAACCCAUACCCUGAUAUUGUAUGGACUGUUGAAGGAGUAAACAAAAGUGAUUUGUCCAUAAACGAAGCGGUUGAAACCACAGAUAGUUUGGUGUCAUCUACGGUUAACAUCAGCGCGAAACAUUUUGAAAGCGACCCCAAAAUUGUGACAUGUUUUGCGGCAAACAAACUUGGCAAAGCAAGCAAAGACUUUGUUGUGUCGAAACAAAUACCUGCAGCUGCCAACACCGGCGUGAUCGUGGGAGUCGUAAUCGCUGUUCUGAUAUUAGUUGCUCUCCUUUUAACCGGCGCUUUCUUUAUUUUGUCGCGGCGUUCCCAGAAGAGCGAAGUUACUGCCACGGAGUCUGCGGAGAACGGAUGUUGUGGGUCUGGUUGUUUCACCAACCCAUGCGCCCAGCCAGUCGAACCUGUUGUCGUUGGAGAGGAAGACCAAGUAAAAGAAGUAAAGGAAGAUGGUACUUCUGAAGAGAAACAGAAACUGACAGAAGCUGAAGAGAAGCCAGCUGCAAAGGAAGCAGAAAAAGAAGGGGAAGAGAAAAAAACGGAAGAAGAAAAACCCGAAGAAAGUGAAGAGCCUAAGGAAAAGAAAUCUGGUAAAAAGAUGAAACUUUCGUUUGCACCACAAUGCUGUAAAGGAAACAAGGAAGAAUUAAAGGAAGAAGGAAGUAUUGAAGAAGAAGCUGCAGAAGAAGAGAACAAAGAGUCUAAUGGGCAUACACCGCAAACAGAGAACGAAACAGGAAAACAGCGCGAAACUGACCAAGACUCUGGAAAGGGUGAUACACUGGAGAAGGCAGUAGAGGCACCAGCAAAAGAAUAGAAAAUAAUCUGCACAAGAACAACUUCUUCAAUUUCGUCGACGCGAACAGUUGUACUUGCUGCAUUGGACACAGACAUAUAUACAACUUGUACUAAUAAUUGUUUGAUUUGUUACACUCUACGAAGCGGGUUUGGAUCGCACGUUGUUUUAAUUCAUUACUGUAUUAGGAACGGAAGCAGCUUGUGUUUAAAGUCUUACGUAGUAAGCGAAUCCCCGCAAUUUAGUUCAACCUAUUUUGUACAUAUAGCCCUAUACGUUUUGCUUUAAUUACCCAAAAUCAUUUGAGAACAUGGAAUGCCAGUUAUGCUGUAAAAUGUGCGCUAAAAAUCUGUGUUGCUACUGCUUAGAAUUUAAGUUUCUAUAAAACACUCUGUUCUAUAUAUAUCAAACGCUUUUUCUGGUUACAUUGUACACGAUGCAUCGCUUGCAAGGAAAAACGCUGUUUAUGAAAAUUAAACAAAUAUCGACCACUUGAA